CCUCCCCCCCCCCCCCCCCCCCCCCCCNAUCGCGACGUCUGGCUCGCCUGCGCGACGCCGCUCUCCCGCGUCCCCGCCGUCGGCUCCCAGGUCUACUACUUCCCGCACGGCCACUCGGAGCAGUGCCCGGCGCCGCCCCGCGCGCCCGCCCACAGCCUCUUCCCCUGCACCGUCGCCGCCGUCCGCCUCUUCGCCGACCCCAGGACCGACGAGCCCUUCGCCGCCGUCGACCUCGUCCCCGGCCCGCACCGCGACCCGGCCCCCGCCCUCCCCGACGCCGACGCCGACGCGGCCACCGGGUUCCGCUACUACGCCAAGCAGCUCACGCAGAGCGACGCCAACAACGGCGGCGGCUUCUCGGUGCCCCGCUUCUGCGCCGAGCUCGUCUUCCCGCCGCUCGACUUCGAGGCCGACCCGCCCGUGCAGAGGCUGCGCAUGACCGACCCGCUCGGCCGGGGCUGGGACUUCCGCCACAUCUACCGCGGCACGCCGCGCCGCCACCUGCUCACCACCGGCUGGAGCAAGUUCGUCAACGCCAAGCUGCUCGUCGCGGGCGACGCCGUCGUCUUCAUGCGCCGCGCCGACGGGGAGCUGCUCGCCGGGAUCCGCCGCGCGCCCAGGUACCCCGCCGUCUCCCAGCAGGGCGCCGAGCGCCGGCCCCGCAACGCGCGCGCGCGGGUCCCGCCCGAGGAGGUGGACGAGGCCGUGCGCCUCGCCGCCGAGGGCGCGCCCUUCACCGUCACCUACUACCCGCGCCAGGGCGCCGGGGAGUUCGUCGUGCCCAAGCAGGAGGUGGAGGACGCGCUCGUCGGCGCCUGGGCGCCCGGGGUGCAGGUCCGCAUGAAGUUCCUCGACGCCGAGGAGCGCCGCUCCGAGUGGGUCAACGGCAUCGUCAAGGCCGUCGACCCAUCCAUCUGGCGCAUGCUCGAGAUAGACUGGGAUGAAUCUGUGGUAGGGUCACUAAGAAACAGGCAUGUCAAUGCUUGGCAAGUGGAACUUGUUGGGUACCCUCCCAUCCUGAAGAAGCUCAAGAUCUCCGAGACGAUCCUUCCCCCUAUGUGCUCUGGCGAUGUCAGCGUGGCUGACCCCCUGCUGGGGCCAGACUGCGAGAACAUGGUGAUGCUGCUGGGGUCACCUAUUCCUGCUGGCAUGCAGGGAGCCAGGCACAUCGGCCUCACUGAGCUGCCCUCUCCAUCUCCUACCGUGCUCACAACCAAGCAGUUCUUCCCACCUAGCUCCAGCGGCGGCUCCUCCGAGGUCGUGAACCCUGAAGCUGGAUCUCCACCCAACAACUCGGUGAACAUGCGUCCCUCUGAAGAAAGGAGGAGCAUACAGCUGUUCGGCGCCACGAUCACGUCGCCUGUGCAGAGCGCCACCAAUGGCUCCUCUGAAGAAGUGAGCCAGGCCCCUGAUGCUGCGGUCGAUGGAACUGCUCAUGAAGACGCUUGUGCCACAAGUCUACUUGACGACUGCCAACUCACAAUCGGUAAAGAUGACGGCCACGACCGAGAUGGUUCUAAGCAACAAGCCUGAAGUGGCAUGUACACAGUAUACUGGAAGGUACUAUCUGAUUUGAUUUUCCUGCUUUGUUUGCGACGAUGAACAUGCAGAGAUGGUUUUACAUGACCAUUCAGACCUAAUUGUGAAAGGCGAUGUAUGAUGCCUGUCGGACCAAGUGUAGGUUGUCAAUUUCUCCCGGGUUCAGACAAAUCAAAGAAAUUAUCUCUGAAUCAGCAAAUUAAACAGUAACUAAACUAGUACGUGUAUGUUGAUUUCUGACUUUUUCUAUGCCUACAUUAUGGGUUAUCAACAGAAAAUCUUUCCAGGUUCCA